AGCUAGCUGCUGAAUCGAGGAUACACAAUAGGCUCCAACCCGCAGAUCAGACAGUGACUACACUCAUGCGUUCAUUAUCAGUAUAAUCGGCCCUAGCCACCUUUAUGAUCGCUGCGUGAUGAUUGAUUUCUCAGGCUGAAAUUUACAAGUCUUUAACAUUUCUAACUUUUGUCAUGGAUGUGAACGUUAUAGUAAAGUGGUAAGAGCGAAGUGAGCAUUUUACUAACAAAACAAAGAAACCGAAUCCAUUUUUUUUUGGUCCAGCUAUCGACAACAUCAACGCUGAGGUUACAGGCCAACUGUCUGUUGGAAUACUCAUCUCAUUUCGCGGCGCCACGGGCAAAACGGAGCAAAGAGCCAAGUUAAGUGGGAAACCCCUUUAUUCCACUGAGAAAUGCAUUAACAUGAGGUAAUAAUGAGGAUAAAUACCAUGAUUUUAUCUAGCGACACAGAAUCCUAACUUAGCCUGGAUAUGACACGCUGAAGACAUCCUUUUUUUUGGAACUCAUGGGUUGCUCAUCAUCUACGGCUGAUGUUAAACGAGGUGGGUACUCUAACGGGAAGCUACCCGAGCCAAGCGCUCCACCACCGACCGACCCUCGUCUACCUCUCACAGCAAGACAAAAGUUCAGUCUCGAGAAGUCUUGGAAAGCCGUCCAGAGGGACAUGGAAGGGGUUGGAAUGAACACACUAUUGAGGUUAUAUAAAGAGGACCCCAGUAUACAAGACCUCUUUCCGUCGUUUAAAGGGAAGACUGAACAACAGCUACGGAACGACAUGGGUUUCGAAAAUCAGGCUGUGAUGAUCCUCAACGUCUUCGACGAAGUGAUCGAGCAGCUGAACAACCUAGAUGCUGCAAUAUCCUUAUUGAAGAAGACGGGCAAGAAACAUUCGAUGAUAGAUACAGAUAUGAUGCUGAAAUUUGAGAAGCCAUUCUUGCAAUCUGUAAAGGAGACAUUAGAAGACAGAUAUAACGAGAAGAUUGAGGCAAUCUACAUCACAUUCACCAAAUUCGUCUUAGAUCACGUGAUAGCUGGUAUGACAGGGACGUAGCACAAAAGAACUUACGUACAUUCAUGUACAUAUACAUGUCAUUUUGAUACUACCAGAAGGUUUCAUAAUUGGCCACGCACUGGAAACAUAUUCUGUGACGCAGAUUAGUCACGUGAUGCACUUACUUUGGGCUGAUUGGAUAUUAGUUUCAAGGAAAGUACAAGGAAGCAAUCUUUUCAUGGAAAGAAAAUACAUUGGUGACGUUAUGAGGAUUUUUCUAUCAUUAUUCAUUGCGGAUAAGUGAAAAAGAAGGAGUUCUCACCAUAGAAUGAAUAAAUCUUGUAUGGACUAAUAUGUUGAUCAGUUUGACAAAAACAUCAACAUUCGUCUUAUGAGACAUAAACUGAUAUAUAACACCCAAUGAGUGUUAUGGAAACAGAUUAUCUCGCCGCCAUUUUCCUUCAUCGAAAUUAUGAUAUCGAUAUAUUUUCGUAAGAGUCUUAUUCUGUUGAUGCAAACAUGACAAUGCAUGGAUAUGUUUUGAAAGUGCACAGAACUUAGGUAUAGGCCUAUAGAGCAUCGUUUCUAUGACCCCCGACGACGAUUUUACAGGCAGUACUACGGAUGAAGCCAUUGUUUAAUUCUUUUCUGUGGUACAAUAUUUUUUGUUGACAUAAUUUGAUUUAUAACAUGAUGAGUUGGUUCCCAAGCAACUCAUAAUAACUGUACAUCAAUCCAUAUUAUCAGUCAAUAUGCUUCAUUUAUACUUAGUAUUGUGUUUUGUGUUUGUGUAUAUUGGUGUUCUCCUAUAUAAUUUGCAAUUUUGAUACAGAGUAAUCGAUGAGAAAUUCAAAACUUUUGUAAACAUCUUCAUUUUUGGAAAGCCAUUAAUGAAAUCUUUUGCCAAUAAUGUUAUUAUUGGCAAAAACUUUAAUAAAGGUUUGAUAAAAAAACUUAAAUGCUUAGUGCAAACAUAAAGAUAAUUGAUUUUAUAUAUCCAUGAAGUGAUUUCGCAUUGUUACUAAAGCUUCACGAAUGACGAACUUAUAGGUAUUUUUAGUAAGUUUAUGAAAGUAAGAGGCUUAAAUAAUUAUGUUUAUCGCUCCAGUAGCAUAUACUUGGCCUAUAUUGGCAACAUUGUAAUUAUAUUUCAAUGAAUUAUUUACCCUUUUUAUCAUUCUACUUUUUUUUACACACAGUAGUGAUAAUUUCACAUAUUUGAAUUUAACGUAACGGGGCAGAGUCCUAUCGUAUUGUAGCAGCAUCUUCCAAAAAACGAUGAAAAAAACCUGACAAAUUGAAAAAACCCGAAAUCUCUACUGAAGUUAUGCUAUGGCCAUUUUAUGUCAAAUUACAACGACAGUACCACUUUCCAUUGAAUCAUCUAGUAAAAUGUGGUUUGAUUUGUUGUAGCGAUGACAGUAUAAACCAGUACCAAUUUUCAAGGGGCAGUGCCUUAUAGGGGGACAGGGGCGAUCCUCUAUUGUUUUUAAAGUAGUGAGUAGGAGGAGAAAACAAAAAAAGGAAAAGCAUACAUAUUUGUUAUCUCUGUGAUACUCAUUUAUUCAAUCAAGAAAAAUUACAUCCUAUGCUGCCCCCCUUCUCUGCAUACACUAGCCCUGCGAUAUAGUUAUAACCUGACCAGUCCAUCUUUGUGUGUUUAUAAAUCGUUUGUUUGCUAUUAAUGCUUAUAAUAACUCCUUUUUCAAAUUACAUUUAUAUCAAAAACAUGAUUAUAAUAAGGUCACUGGGAAAUCAGACAUACAUUUAUGAAUAACGACUGCGAAAUAAUUUACGAUUUUUCUUUUCUACAAUUCGUUAUCAGCUUAAGAAUAAGAUGAAUUGAAACAAAAAUAUGCGCGCGUAUACACUUACGAUUUACCAUUAAUAUUUUGAAAAAGUUGUAAGGAACCUUUAUAUAAAACUUCAAGUUAUUUGAAAUCGACACCAUUAAUUACGUUGUAACUAGGCGAACGUUCGAUAUUACCCAUUUAUACGUCAGAAAAUCUUCAGGGGCAGUAACGAUUUCUGUCGCUUGAUAAUGUUCAUAAUGUUGUGCAAAAGUUAAGUUCUACAUAUGAAAAAAUGAACGAUACUUGAACAUCAAUGGGUACAAUAAGAGAGAGAAAAUACAUAGCGAUAGAAAAAGAAAAUGUUCGGACUGAAACUCCAUGCUCGCUUACUAAUUUCAAAGACCACAUUCAAAAGGAUUUUUAUAUGACAGACAUUCUCUUCAAAGCGAAGAGGAAGAAAAGCAACAAAUAGAGCACCCUUUGGAAAUGAAUGACACAAUUUUUUCAAAUAAUCAAUAUUUGCCGGGUGCUUUCUUAGUCUGGCGAACACUUUGCAAUUAAUACCUCCAGCGUUUAUCAUAUAGCCCCGUAACACCGAUCUUAGUGAUUGAUCGUCUAACUGCUUUUACGACCGAUCAUCCUCUAAAAUCAAUCGCACGACCAAUCUCUAAGCUUUUUUUAAAUAAGAGGGGCUGGUUUGUUUCACAUAUGUCGAAUAAUGUUCAAAAUUGGAGUAAAAACAUACUACCACCGAAGGGGCGGAUCCAGGAUUUUCCAAAAGGGAGGCACAUUUUUUCGAAGGAAAAUUUUUCGUCCCAUAAAAAAUUGACAAGCAAAAAAAAAGGAAAGGGUUUUAACCAAAAAUUAAAAAG